AUGAUUGAGUCACUUCCAUCUUCAUUGAGAUUUGUUGGCUCGAGUACUUCUCAAAGAAACCCCAACAACAAUCGGAACGAGGACGGAAGAGAUCAUAGCAACAGUCCUAAUCAUAUGCAGAUUGACCCCCAAAGAACGCCUGAUUCUCCUUCAAGUUCUGACCGAGCACCUCACUCAGAUGACACCAAUAAAAAUCGUUUUCAGACUGCACAGCCUGGCAUACCUUCAACUCAUCUACCUAUGGCGCCAGCAGCUCGAGCUCAAUGGAAUCAGCUUGCUGACAUAUUCGAACUUGAUUCUAAAUAUCGAGCAGAAGCACUUCGGAUAAGCUCGAUCACUGGUACUGAAAAUCAAUAUCACACAUUGGUCUGCCUCUUGCAGAAGACACGUCAAGAUAUGGACAACGUUGCGUCUCAGCUUCGCUCUGCUGCUGGCUGGAAGCCUGCUGCUGAUUUGGGGACUCGACUCACUAAGAUCAUACGUGAAACCUUGCAAGACCAUACGAUUGAAUCAUACACCCUCAAAGUCGAUUCAAACAAAAAGCCUAUAGCAAGAUCUUUUGACAAGAAAGCUAUGAAUGCUAUCAUGAAACAAUCCGACUCAUGGAAAUUGGAAAAUUUACCUUCAGACUUUGGUACUUCAUUGACCGAUCUGAAGAAACAUGAGGCAUUCAUGAAGUUCUUUGGAGCCAAAAUUAGGCAUGUCCGGGAUGACUUUAGAGUAGUUCUCUUAACAAAUAUACUUGUACCUCAUGCAAAAGUAAAUGAACCACUUCAGCCAGUACCGAAGCUGUCUGAAUUGCAACUACUGGCAAGUUUAAAUUUAUUUGCUGUCUCUCACUUACUUGUCAUGCAGCUCCAUAGAACCUCUUUGAUCAUGGAACAUGUUACAAAAGAAAUCAACACUACUUUAGAUUCAAAAGCCCAAGCUCGAUUCGCUUACCUGGCAGUGAAAUAUCACUUCGCUAGCCAAGAAGAGCGCAAGUUGCGUCCCGGUCAAUCGCACUGGGCUUGGGCCGAUCAUCAGCUUGCCACACUUCGGGGUGAAAACAGAAAUGACACCAGGGCUUAUCGCCGAGCUUUUGAUACUAUUAUUUUAGCAACCGAUCAAGGCUUCUUUGAUGGAAAGAAAACGAUUGACAAGAUCAAGGCAGAUGAAAAAUUUAGGAUUCCGACUGACGCUGACAUCUCUCAAGCAAUCGACUUCAUGUCCUCAAACACCAACUAA